AAGAUCACAUCACCUCUUUCUGGAGACUGAAAGUGGACUCUCAGUGCCCUUUAAUGUGAAUUUAGCUGUUUGUCAUCUACAUUCUGACUGCUGAAUAGAAAAAAAGGCACUCCAAACAGCAACUUCAUAACAUCUCCCACCUCAAAACCUUAAACUGUGUCAAGUCAAAGAAGCUUGGGACAAAUGCAGUUUCUUACUGCCGUAAGUCCACAGCCAUUCUCCACGCCAAGCUGGAAGAUUGAGACCAAGUAUUCAACCAGAGUGCUCACUGGAAACUGGACAGAGGAGAGGAGGAAGUUCACAAAAGCCACUGAGAAACACCCCCAGACCGUUUACAGAAACGAGUACGUCCCAUUCCCAGGCCACAGACCUGACCAGAUCUCCAAGUGGUACAGCAAGAGGAGAGUUGAGGGGCUCCCGUACAAACACCUGAUCACCCACCACCAGGAGCCCUCGCAGCGCUACCUGAUCAGCACCUACGACGACCAUUACAACCGGCACCACUAUCACCCAGGCCUGCCGGAGCUCCGCACGUGGAACAGACAUCAGCUGCUGUGGCUCCCAGAGAAAGCCGACUUCCCUCUACUCGGUCCCCCUACAAACUACGGACUCUACGAACAGUUGAAGCAGAAAUGGCUCCCACCACCAGAGGCCACCCUCAGAGAGAGCAUUUACACUUCCUCCUACCCCAGACCACCAGCAGGUGCCCUGUCCCGGAGGGAGCAUGCGAUUCCCGUGCCUCCCCCACGCCUGCAGCCUGUCCCACACUUCUGAGACCUGUCACCCCAUCACAGCACAGGUGGGGCCACCUGGAGACCACCUGCCAGACAGCAGGCAGCUGCAGAUACACCCAGAGUUUUAAAUCAGGCUCACCUGAGGGGCCUUUGAAAUCAUGGUCUGGGUUUGAUGGUUCCUGUCCUUCCUCCAAAUCUACAGGUUCCUUUCUUUUUCAUCCCACAAAUAAAUCCUUUGACACAAGGUAA